AUGGCCUUCCACAGCUCUGCUCUGACGAGAAAGCAACCACGGCACCUAUCGAUGUCGGCAUACUCCCCUGUCUGCGUGGCUCUGCUGUCCCUCCUUCUCGCUCCAGCACUUGGACAACUAGAUCUCAACCGACUGGAUGGUGAUACCGUCUGCCCACCAAUGAGAAGCGGACAAGACGACCUUCCAGGUUUUGAUCUGAUCACCCAGUUCCAGUUGGAUGUGAUCCCCCUGAAAGGUGUGAGGAAGGUGGACGGCUCCACUCCCCUCCAGGUGGCCUACCGCCUCGACAGGGAGGCCAACUUCCAAAUUCCAACCAUGUUAAACUUUCCCCGUGGCUUCCCAGACGAGUACUCCUUCAUGGCGACCUUUCGCAUGAUCAAGAACACGGUGAACAAGGUGUGGAACGUCUGGCAAAUAGUGGAUGAAGAUGGCAACAAACAAGCUGGACUGAGGCUGAACGGCGACCAGCAGGCUCUGGAAUACUUCCUGAUGGGGGCCGAUGGCAACCUGCAGACCGUCACCUUCCCAGGUCUUUCUGUGCUCUUCAACACCAAGUGGCACAAGGUGAUGAUCGGCGUGGAGCACGACCAGGUCACUCUGUAUGUGGACUGCCAGCCCGUGGAUCAGAAACCCAUCAAGGGCAAAGGCCCUAUCAACACAGAGGGAGACACUCUUAUUGGCCGACUGGAUGCCGAUCCUGACGCCUCUGUAGUGUUUGAGCUCCAGUGGAUGUUGAUUCACUGCGACCCAAAGAGAGCCCAGAGAGAGAGCUGCAACGAGCUGCCUGCCACAGAGAUGUAUGCCAAUGCUGAGCCUGACAAAUCACUCCAGGGCCCCCCAGGAGCCCCUGGCCCAGAGGGCCCUCGAGGGCCCCCAGGAGAAAAUGGCAGAGAUGGAAGAGAUGGUCUUCCAGGGUCUCCUGGCAGUCCAGGCACUCCUGGCAGCAAAGGAGAGCAGGGGGAGAUUGGUCUUCCUGGACAGAGAGGCGUGCCUGGUCUUCCAGGAGCUGCUGCUUCUCCUGGCCCAAUGGGCCCCAGAGGGCCUGUAGGAGAGAGAGGUCUUCCUGGCUUUCCUGGACCUCCAGGUCCUCCUGGCCCAGCAAGUGAAGGACCUGCUGGACCACCAGGGAAACCAGGAAUCCCAGGAGAUGAAGGAAACAUUGGGCCUGAGGGUCCACCUGGACCCAGAGGGGGACCCGGCAUCCAAGGGCCUCCUGGCCCUCCUGGUCCACCAGGGCCUGUGGGACUGCCUGGUGCCAGCAAUGAGGGAAGUGGGGAACCUUGUCCUGCUGCCUGCCCUGCUGGACCUCAGGGAAUGGCUGGACUACCAGGGAUGAAGGGUCACAAAGGUAUGGCUGGGGAGCCUGGAAAAGAUGGAUUGCCUGGAGAGAAGGGAGAAUCUGGAGCACAAGGUGCCCAGGGACCACCAGGUCGCAUGGGAGAUGAUGGUCAAAGAGGGCCCAUUGGAUUCCCUGGAGCUGCGGGAGAGAAGGGAGACAGAGGUCCUCCUGGUUUCAAUGGCGUCCCAGGACCCACUGGCCCGCCUGGAGCUCCUGGUGUGGAAGGAAUCCGUGGACGUCAGGGCUUGCAGGGGUCCAAGGGUGACGAUGGAGCUGUGGGACCUCAAGGAGAGCAGGGACCUCCAGGGGAAAAAGGAGACGUUGGAGAGCCUGGAGCAGAUGGCUUGGAUGGACUUCCUGGAGCUGAUGGCGCUAAGGGAGAGCCUGGUACUCCUGGGGCUGUUGGUGUCAGGGGGAUUGUGGGUAUUCCGGGCCUGCCAGGGAAGCAGGGAGUAGCCGGACCCCCUGGUGCAAAGGGUGAUACUGGUGCUGAGGGACCCAUCGGGCCAGUUGGACUUCCCGGAAAGACUGGUGAGCCUGGAAAAGAUGGAGAAGAUGGAAAACCUGGAGACAAAGGAGCAAUUGGUGAGUCAGGAAAACAAGGACCAGUGGGGCCUGCAGGUCCUCCAGGCAUCCAGGGUGACAAAGGAGACAAAGGUGACACUGGUGCCAAAGGAAUGAAGGGUCAUACUGGACUCAAAGGCGAUCAGGGACCUAUGGGACCAGUGGGACCAAAGGGCAGUCUGGGGGACACAGGUCUGGCAGGAGAUCCUGGGGUGAAGGGAGACCAGGGUCCACCUGGUGUUCCUGGAAUCAAAGGAGAGCGUGGAGAGAAGGGCCAAAGAGGAGCAGCAGGGAUUGAUGGCAGACCGGGCCAGCCAGGCCACGAGGGUUUGGCCGGUCCAAUGGGAGCUCGAGGGCUGGAGGGAGAACCAGGCCUUCCUGGAGCACCAGGUCCCAGAGGUCUACCUGGCCCAAAAGUGAGUGACGAGAAGCUUCGGGAAAUGUGCUCAGCCGUUGUAGAAGAGCAAUUAGCAGAGUUAAAGAAAGAGCUUCUGAAGAAGCCAGCAGCCAUUGGUGCCCCUGGCAUCCCUGGACCAGCAGGACCUCCUGGCCCCCCUGGACCAGCUGGAGCAGCAGGAGCUCAAGGGCUGAUGGGUCCCAAAGGCCCUCCAGGCUUCUUUGGACUACCAGGUGCACCAGGCAAGAGAGGUGAUGCUGGGGAAAAGGGAGACAAAGGAGACAAAGGAGAGGAUGGGGUAGGAAUCAAAGGAAGCCCAGGCGCGCCGGGUGCACCAGGUGCACCAGGCGCCCCUGGCAUUGGCAAGGAUGGCAAAAAUGGAGAACGUGGAGAGACAGGAAGUCCUGGUGUCCCAGGAGCAGCUGGUCCAAGGGGACCCUCAGGACCACCCGGCCUUUGUGACCCAUCAACCUGUGGCCGAAUUCCUACCUUACCUCUCUAUAUGGUCAGCGGAAAGAAAUCUGCCAGCUACAAAAACCCAUGAGACAUCACAGCUCACUGACACAUUCCAGAUCUCAUCC